AUGGCUCCUAGGAAAAAACCACCACCGACUUAUGAUGAGAUGUUUGGCGACGGUGCCGGGACGUCUUCUUCCGGCGGCCGAACAUCUUCUGAUGCCGUUCCGGACUCUCAGACAUCUCAGAGAGUUUGGAGUCUUCCUCCUCCCUCAGCUCAGAUGGCUCCACCUCCACCUCCUCCACCAGCAGCUCCGCAGGAGCCCAUCCGAGGGGCAGGUGUUCAUCCUGACUUGCGGGUGCCUCCUCAUGCACCAUACGCAAGAUAUACGGUGGAGGAUUUGCUUUCCCAGCCUGGACGGGAGUUUAUGGACGUUUUGGACCCCGAUAGACCGCCGGGUACUUAUUGGUUUGGGGCGAACAACCGUGUUUCCCGGAGCGUUUCACAGGUGAUGGAGGGAUACUUAGACGGAGCUUAUCCAAACUGGAGCUUGACUCCAGAUCACGUCAAGACCACUUGGUUUAAACAGUUUGCGCAAAGGUGGCACUGGUCCUUAGGAAUCACCGAAAUGGUGAAGAAGGAAUUCGGGGCAAAGGCGAAGACUCGUCUUACCAACACGGUCUCGGAUUGGAAGGAUAAGUGGGAGAUCUACGGCUAUGACGGGAAGCCCACUGGGGUCACCAAGGAAGUAUGGGAUGGCCUCAUCGCCUUUUGGAAGCUACCCAGCUCAAUCCGGAAGGCCAACUCCUGCUCCGCUUCCCGUAGGACCAAGGAUAAAGACGGGAAUUUGCCUAUAGUUCAUACCACCGGGCAAAAACCUCAUGCCGGGAUCCAUCUCGAAGCUUUUGAGAAGACCGGAGUCAUGCCAUCUUUUUCCGACCUCUUCAAGAUUACUCACGCCAAACCGGAUGGGACUUUUGUUGAUCCUGCAUCCGAGAAGCUUUUCAACACUGUGGCUGCUCGUAUUGAUGAGCGGGAGAUGCAACUCACCCAGCAGUCUCCGGAUGGAUUACCCGUCAAAUUGAUGACGGAAGAGGUCGACAGGAUCUUCGAGGAGGUCGUUCCAAGAAAGAAGGGCCGGACGGUGGGAAUCGGUUCUGUUAACGAAGUCGCAAGGGCGACUUUUUCAUACUCUUCGAGACGGGACCAAAAGACUUCUCAGAUGCAAGCUCGAUUGGAUAUCCAGCAGGAGCAUUUAGACUCUCCCGAGAACCUGUUGGAUAUUAUGGCGAUGGGGAACCCGAACAUGCAGAGAGCGUUGGCGGCCAAACGAGAAGCUCUCGGUAUGCAACAACGGGAUCCCGAAUCUACCGAUCCAGUGGGAGCGGGACCGAGCGGAGCGGGACCGAGCGGAACCGACUACUUUGAUGAUGUAUCGUUCCCGUAG